ACAAUAUUAAUAAUUAUGAAUUGUAACAUCAAUAAUACAACAAAUAAUGUAGGAGCAGUUAUAAAUCCUGCCAUAACGGGGGUGACGGUCUCAAACACAAAUGCUACAGCCGCUGUGGUGGUAGACGAUUCACCAGUUUCUUUAUUGUCGGAAAUUUCAGAUAUUAUGCGGAGUUUUGGCGAUAGUGACCAACCACGCAUGGAGAGCGUUAAAUUGGUGGAACAUAUAUUGCAGCAACAGCUAAGAGGCAUGUUCAAUGAAGCUUCAUUGGUUGCUAUGAAACGUAAGAAUAAUCCAUGCCCCUCGCAGGCAGAUUUCGAAUUUUUAAUGCGCAAUCAUCCGGUGAAAAUUGCCAGAAUGCGAAAACACUUGAAGGAUAUGCGUAUAUUGAAAAAAUUCCUAAGCAUACGCACUGGUCGUCCUCAAGAUUUCAUGGAAGACUUGGAUCAACAAGACUCUGACGAAGAACUUGGCAUUGAUGUACCCGAGAUGUACGAUGAAGAUAGAACUCGACGUCUGUUUCGUGCCGAUCGCAUUUCCCAGAUAUUGAGUGGUCAACAAUACUUGGAAUUUAAUGAAGCACGCAAAACAUCAUUCUAUUGCCGCCAUGGCGAAAAGAUUAAGAAUAAAUUUAGACGUUUUCUUGAUUUGCCAGCCGAUCUGAGAAUACCCACAACAACUAUGAAUAUUUUGGCUUACUUUGCCCAUGAAACUAUAGCUGUCAUAGUGGAUUAUGCCAUACUAACACGUUUGAACUCUUCGAAUCGUGUGACCGAGCCCUACAGCCGUGUCACCUCGACUGGUGCUUCGCCAGCCAUGAUGCACAUUUGUCCGGAAGUAACCCAGGGCCGAGGCAUGGAAGUUGUAAAGCCCAUUAGCGUGCAAGAAAUUCAUGAAGGCAUACGACGUUUUCGCCAAAUGACCAGCAAAAAAGUUGGUUUCUAUCGAAGUUCUUGUGAUACAGAUUUUCGACGUUCGUUUUUAGCAUUGUAAGUAGAGUAUAAGAGAAAAAAUUGAAGGAUCUUGUUUGCAGUCUUCAAUAAUUCGUAGUUGCUUUCAUGGAUGCGUUUUGUUACUAAUACAUAUUAAAAUGUAAAAGUCCAAAAGAUCCGAAAAUACUCAUUAAUCAUUAAAUAUUAUUGAAUAUAGUGUAGUCAUUUAAAUAAAAAAAUAAGUAAAACCGUA